UGGGAAAUCUAAUUCCCGUGACCUUGGCCCCUGAAUAUGCUUCUGGCGUUCCCUCGCAAAACCCUAGCUCCAUUGUCAAAUCCUCUCUUCCAUUCCAACACCGUUCAAUCUUCACGAGCAAUAGCUUCAUUCAAUCUCUUCCGCCAUGACCGCGCCCAAGAAAAAUCACAAGGAGAAACCAAUUCGCCGCAAGGAAGAGAAACCGGAAGAGCCGGAACUUCCGAAAUAUAGAGAUCGAGCUAAAGAGCGUAGAGAGGAUCAGAAUCCUGAUUAUGAGCAAACUGAACUUGGAUUUCAUGCUGUUGCUCCUCCUGGUACUGUAGAUCCCCGGUCAUCUGAUGCACACAAAUUAUCUAUUGAGAAGAGCAAGUACCUAGGAGGUGAUGUGGAGCACACACAUUUGGUCAAAGGUUUGGAUUAUGCUUUGCUGAAUAAAGUAAGAAGUGAGAUUGUUAAGAAGCCAGAUGCUGUUGAUGAUGUUGAUGGGAAAUCCAGAGCAUCUAAGGAAGACCAACAAGUAUCAAUUCGCACAGCAACUGCAAAGUCAGUUUAUCAGUGGAUUGUGAAGCCUCAGACCAUUAUUAAGACGAAUGAGAUGUUCCUGCCUGGUCGAAUGACAUUUAUUUAUGACAUGGAUAGUGGAUUUCAUCAUGAUAUUCCAACAACCUUGCACCGCAGUAAAGCUGACUGUCCAGUGCCAGAGGAAAUGGUUACAGUUAAUGUUGACGGGUCUGUUCUAGAUCGAAUUGCUAAAAUAAUGACUUAUCUUCGUCUUGGUUCUUCUGGGAAAGUCUUAAAGAAGAAAAAGAAAGAAAAAGAUGUAAAAGGUAAAAUUUUGGCUGCUGGUAAUGGAUAUGACAAAGAGGAUAAGCCAACAAAGGUUGAAGGUGGGGGGUUAAAGAAUCAAACCGAAAGUGAAUUCCUUCCGCCACCUCCACCUCCACCUCCCAUAAAGAAAAAUCCACUUAAUUCAAGAGAGAAACAAGGCCCAGCUGUUGCUAGAACAGAUGAUGAUGACAUUUUUGUAGGUGAUGGUGUUGAGUAUGAGAUACCUGGUAAAGACCCGAGCCAGAGUCCUGUCUCUGAGGACAUGGAAGAGUCUCCUAGGAACAAAGAAAAAACUUCAUAUUUCACUGAACCUAGUUAUGGUCCUGUCCCACCCUCCAUGCUGCCUCAAGUGUGGCAAGAACCGAAUGGAUAUGAUGUAAUGCAAACACAAGCCUUGGCUGGUGGCUACCAAGGAGAGUGGCAGGAGUACCAGUAUGUUGAACAACUGGCUUACCCAGAUCAAUAUCUUCAGCCAGACAUGCAGACUUAUGAUGCACAAGCAGAUUUAAAUAUUCCACAGGAUCCACGCUUCAUGACUCAAGAAGAAAAAGAUCGAGGUUUAGGAUCAGUGUUUAAACGAGAUGACCAGAGACUUCAACAGCUUAGGGAGAAAGAUGCUCGUGAAAAAGAUCCCAACUUCAUCUCGGAGAGUUACUCUGAAUGUUACCCUGGGUAUCAAGAAUAUAACCGUGAGGUAGUGGACAGUGAUGAUGAAGCCGACUUGUCCAAAAUGGAUAUGGGUGGAAGGGCAAAGGGACGUCUUCAUAGAUGGGACUUUGAAACUGAAGAGGAAUGGGCCACAUACAAUGAGCAGAAGGAAGCAAUGCCAAAAGCUGCAUUCCAGUUUGGUGUGAAGAUGCAAGAUGGGCGAAAGACACGAAAGCAAAACAAGGAUCAGAAGCUCAACAAUGACUUGCAUAAGAUCAAUAAGAUACUUGCCAGAAAGAAGAUGGAGAAGGAUGGUGGGAAUGAUGAGGGUGGCCAACAAUAUGAUGACUCACCUCAACCUGGAAAGAAGCUUAGAGUAUGAGUCCCGGUCACUACACUGUAACAUAAUAUUUAUGGAAUGAGACGAGAAUUUAAUUUUGUCUGAAGUUGAUUAUGUACUAAUAUGAUGUAUUUUUUUUCCUUUUAUAGAAUCUUUAUUCAGGCUGUUUUCUCAUGUUCAUAGAAUUCAUAGAACAAAGAAAAAACAGCAAUAAGAUCAACCGAGUGUGUAAAACGAUGUUUUUUUUAAAGGAAGGGUGUAAAACGAUGUUAAAUCUAA